AUGGCUAUAGGUGGCAUCGAUGAACAAGAAACGGUCAGAUUGAGGAAACGACAGGCAAGACAAUUUGAACGUUCAAUUAAAGGAGUCAAAAAGUUUUGCUCAACACAAGGUUCUAAUAUUGUUUCAACAGCUUUGGAUGAAGACGAGACGCAUAUCAAUUUUUCCAAAACCAACCUGGCAACAGAAACACUUCUGACAAACCUGUCAUUUACAAUUACACCAACAACAUCAUUUGCUAAUCGAAAUUUACUGCAGUUACCAACAUUGGCAAAAGUUUGUGAUAGAUAUCGAUUGUCUACACGAUCUGCUGCUGCUGUUGCUUCUGCCGUUUUAGUUGACGUAGGUCUGGUUUCCAAUGAAGACUCAACUCUAGUAAUAUACAAAAAUAAAGUACACAGAGCUGUAUCAAAGGCCAAAAAAAAUAUAUUUCAAAAUAUUUGCGAAGUUUCACUAAACAGCAUUUAUUUUGAUGGUCGAAAAGACAAAACGUUGGUGAAUAAAAAAAUAGGAGUCCGUUACCAUCGCAAAGUGGUUUUAGAAGAACAUAUUUCAAUUUUAUCAGAACCUAAUUCUAUUUUUUUGGGACACACAUCGCCAUGUCUGGUGAAUCCAUUCAGCAGCUGGCACAAGAUAUCGAAAGGUGGUGUAAUUAAAUACCUUGAAGAGUAUUUGGAUAGAGCUUUACAAUGGUGUGUUUGUAUGCUUCAUGCUAACGAGCUACCUUUUUGUCAUUUAUUCUUGGCUUUAGAUGGCUGCACUUCAGGUCCUAGAGAAUAUUCAGGACCUAUUGGAAAACAAUUAGCUACUUACAAAAAUAAAACUACGUUGCUUUUUCAACCACUGACCGGUCAUUUGCCUGAUUUAACGAAAAAUGUAGUUAAUGAACUGAGUACAGAUCAAAAAUAUCUCUAUAAAAUAUGUCAAACAGUAUUAACUGGUUCCUGUAGUUCUGAGCUCGCAAACCGUCAACCUGGAAAUCUAUCUCAUUCAAGAUGGCUUACUUGUGCCAACCGUUUAUUUAGACUAUAUGUAAGUACUCCUGAUCCAUCAGAAAGUUUGCAAAUACUUGUCAAAUAUGUAGUUAAAGUAUAUGCUCCUAUUUGGUUUUCAAUUAAACAAAAAACAUCUUUUAAAGAUGGAGCUAAGCAUAUUUUUAAUUUAAUUUUAAUCUCUCGAUAUUUACCAACAAAUCUAAGAACAAUCGUAGAUUCUGUAAUUGAGAGAAAUGCUUUUUAUGCACAUCCAGUAAACCUUCUUGUUAGUAUGUUAUUUGACGACAGAGACUAUAUUCGGGAACUAGCAUGUCGAAGAAUAAUAAAAGCUAGAAAUACUGACAAUGGUUUCAAACAGAGAAUAUUUAAAACACCGAAGCUUAACUUCUCUGCUAAAGAUUAUACUGAAAUUAUUUCGUGGCAGGAGUGUCAAGUUACACUACCACCUGUGCUUCGGGAUGUUACUAAUGACGAACUCAAAAAGAUGGCAAAAGAUGGAAGCCUUAAAAUUGUUGAUUUUCCUUGCCACACACAAUCAGUAAAGAGAUGUGUUAAACUGGUAACAGAAGUAUCACAGAGUGUGACUAAUGUUAAUUCGAGAGAUGGUUUCGUAAGAACCACGUUACAAAGUCGAGCUGAAUUUCCAAUUUUCGGACAUAAAAAUAAAUUCAAAUUUUAA